AUGUUCUCCUGUUGAUAAUAAUUUAAAGUUAGGAUGCAAGAACAACCUCCUAUUUUUUGGAUUAUUUAUUAGCUUAGUUUUUUUGUCGUUUGGUUUACUUUCUGUAAACUGUGAUUAGAUAGCUUAAGCAUAAAAAAUCCUUGCUUUUCUCUCUGUUCCAAAAUUGAUGAGUUAUUGGAAGAGCUUGCUAUACAUACGGGUGUAAGAACUUUCAAUUGUAUUUAUUUGCUUCUCAAUGGAAACCUUAUUAUAUGUUUAUAUAUUUAUGUAGAAACCUGAUUAUUUGUUCUGUGAAUCAAAGUUAGCCUUCUGCAAGUGUCAACAAGACAGAUAGAAGAACAAGGCUCCAAUCUAGGCAUUCACACAGUGUGUGUGAUUGAAUAGAUGUUGAUAUAUAUUACACUACUCAUUGUUUCUUACAAACUUUACACGUUACACACAACUCAUGCUUCAAAGCACAAUACACGUUCUUCGUUCUUUUCAUCUUACUGUUUUUGACUCAGCAUACCAGAUUCAUUGAUCACUCUAAAAGGAUAUUUUUCAUGAUGAGCUAGCUAGGUUGUUCCGGCAAUAAAUCUCGCUUCCUGCUGAGAUUACCACUGAAUAACCAAUGGCCACCGGCCCCUGCAGCAUCAUCGCCAUUCUGAGCAGAAGCAAAUUUUCAUGCUUCUUCUGCUCUUUAUUUCUAUUACUAAGUCUCUGUGUGGAGGCUGCAACUGCGUACAAACUGCACUCCUUUAAAGCGCCUCCACUUUCUCUUCCUCACAGGUUGCCUAGGCAGUUGAGCACCACCAGUGAACAGAGCGAUCGAGGCAGCAGCGUGCUUAAACCAUGGGAGAUUAUGGGCGUGGGAGACUUGGAAGGACCUGAAACUGUUAUAUAUAAUUCCAAGUCAAGACUCAUAUACACAGGGUGUGGAGAUGGGUGGAUAAAGCGAGUAACAUUGAAUGAGUCAACUGCUGACUCAGUGAUUGAGGACUGGGUGAACACAGGUGGGAGGCCUCUUGGACUUGCUUUUGGACAUCACGGUGAAGUCAUAGUAGCUGAUCCUAAAAAGGGGCUGCUGAACAUAAGCCGAAGUGGGCAGGUGAAGGUGUUGAUGAACGAGACCAAGUUGUUAGACAGCGUAGCCAUGGCGAAAAAUGGAAUGGUUUACUUUACAGAAGCUUCGUACAAGUACGGGUUGAAUGAUUUCAUGCUGGAUUUGAUGGAGGGUGAGCCUCAUGGCAGACUGUGGAGUUACAAUCCAUCCACAAAGGAAAGCAAAGUUCUUGUCCGAAACCUGUUCUUUUCUAAUGGUUUGGCAGUGUCGCCGGAUCAAAACUUCGUCGUGUUUUGUGAGACUUUGAAGAAGAGAUGUAGAAAGUUUUACAUAGAAGGGAAGAAGAAAGGGAGGGUGAACAGGUUUGUUGAUCUUCCGGGAUUGCCUGAUAACAUUCAUUAUGAUGAAUCAGACGGUCAUUACUGGAUUUCAUUGGCUGUGACACUUGGAAACUCAAGCAAAGCAGGAGUAGUGGUAGUGGACAAGGAUGGCAAUGCUACAGCAAACUACUUUGGCACAGAAAUGUCUUUGAUAUCUAGUAGUGUUAGAGUUGGAAACUAUCUUUUCUGUGGUUCUUUUUUCAACCCAUAUCUCAUUCGUCUUAAUCUCCAAGAAUAUCAUUCCUUCUUCACCUUCCUUUCUCCAUCCAAUAUAUUUGAUCAUCACCCAUGAUUUUUUAUUUUUGUUUAUAAUUACAACUUUGAUUAUAAUAAUCUCAAGUUCUGUAGUAAAAAACAAGAGACACAAAAUAGUUUAUGCAUUCAAAAAAAGAAAGAUUUCAUA